CCCUCUCGCUAUUUAUUCCUCCCCGGAGCUCCGUGCCUGAAUCACCUCGGAGCGAGCAAGCAGCGGGUUACCSGUCGCCAUGGCCAGGCUCCUCAGCACCUGCUGCCUGCUGCUGCUGCUCCUCGGCAUCUGCACUGACAUCGCCUUCUCCAAGAAGGGCAAAGGCAAACCCAGCGGAGGCGGUUGGGGCACGGGGAGCCACCGCCAGCCCAGCUACCCCCGCCAGCCCAGCUACCCCCACAACCCGGGCUACCCCCACAACCCGAGCUACCCCCACAACCCGGGCUACCCCCAUAACCCAGGCUACCCCCACAACCCGGGAUACCCGGGCUGGGGACAGGGGUACAACCCAUCCAGCGGAGGAAGCUACCACCAAAAGCCGUGGAAGCCCCCCAAACCCAAGACCAACUUCAAGCACGUGGCGGGGGCGGCGGCAGCGGGGGCUGUUGUGGGGGGGCUGGGGGGCUACGCCAUGGGCCGGGUGAUGUCGGGGAUGCACUACAGCUUUGACAGCCCCGACGAGUACCGCUGGUGGAACCAGAACGCGGCGCGCUACCCCAACCAGGUCUACUACCGCGACUACCGCGACCACAGCGGCCCCGUGCCCCAGGACGUCUUCGUGGCCGACUGCUUCAACAUCACCGUCACCGAGCACAACAUCGGCCCGGCCGCCAAGAAAAACGCCUCGGAGGCCGGCGCGGCCGCGAACCAGACAGAGGCAGAGCUGGAGACCAGGGUGGUGACCAAGGUGAUCCGGGAGAUGUGCAUCCAGCAGUACCAGGAGUACCGCCUGGCCUCGGGCAUCCGGCUGCACCUCGCCGACGCCUCCCUCGCCGCUCUGCUGCUCCUCGUCCUCUUCACCCUGCACUAGAGUGCCCCGGGUGUCGCAGCUUCGAGAUGUCACCCGUGUCCCUGUGGGGUCCCCCUGGCCCCCCCGUUCUUGCUUGUGGUCAUUCUUGGGGAAGAGCCCCCGGGGCACGCGCCUCCACCAAGUCUCUGGUUUAGGCAAUGGGAUGAAGAUUUCCUUCUCUGCCCCGAACACAUCCCCAGCGAGGCASGACAGCGCUGGAGCUGGAUGCCCAAAACACAGCUUUCACCAUCUCCUCCUCCCUGAGCCCACCCUGAGAGGGAUGAGGCAGAGGGGAGCUCUCCUUGGUAUCCCUGCAAGGGCAUUUUUGAAAAUCCCUUUUGCUAACAGGCAGGGUUUUAUCUAAUUCCCUUAGUCCCGCUGCCACCACACCCCCUUUCCCUGGGGCACCCCAGCAUCUCUGUCCCACUGGGAUUUCAGAGGGGCAKACAUGGGGUUUUCAAGCUGCCAGUCUGAAAUUUUAACCCUUCAGUCCUAAAAUACCCUUGCCCCUGUACAUAAGGACCUGACACUGCACACCCUGCAUGCUGCAAAAACCUGCUGCAGCAAUACACCAAAA